AUGGAGCACGAGCAGGUGUUUAUGUGCGAGGCUGGGACACAGGAUUUCCGUACAUCGACCAUUUAUCUGCUGCGUGAGCUGCUCUGCGAGGGCCAGGCAUUAAGUGUCAGCGUGUGCAGGGAGACCGGACGCGGGAGACGUGCGCCACAGGAGAUGCCGGGUGGAUGGAUGGCGCCCCUCCAGGAACUGCUUCUGCCCGCUGUUCUCUACGGCAGGACGGAGGAGAUAGUGGGGCAAAGGAAGAUGUCCUGGAUCCUGCCGUCACAUUACACUCCUGAACUGGUCCAGUCCGAAAGGGACCUCAGCACAGCCCUCACCCUCCACCUCAUCUACUCUACGACCUCUUGUAUGGCUGUGAUGUCCACCAGUCUGGUAGCCACUCUUAUGCUGCAUAGACACCGCAAGGGAGUGCAUGCGUCUGCUCUGUGUCGUGAUGUUGCCUGGCUGACAGAGGAGCUUCUGUUCAGGAACAAAGACGUGGGCUUUGGGGGCAGCUUGCCUGAGGUGGUAUGCUACGCUCUAGCGCUGCUUGGCCCUCACCUCACCAUCAUCUCUAACGCCUCCAGGAAAGAUAUCUUCGUUGUUCCAAGGCCCUCCGUGGACGCCAUCACCAGCCUUUCCAUCCCCACACAGAUUGUCACCCACUCCUUCAUAGCGGAAGCGGUCGGGGCGUGCGCAGUGUCGGCCAUGCUGAGCGAGGUGGCGUCCAGCGGCGUCAGCCACCGAGUCAGGAGUGGCGGGCAGCGCGGCGAGGAGGUCAGGGGCGACAUGGAGUUUGACGUGGCGCUCUGUGAGACGCAGCUGACUCAACGGAGCCUGCAGCUCUACCAUCUCUUGCCCCCGGGCUUCAUCCCGCCCUGCCAGUCAUCCCAAAGUUUUGCCCUGGAGGCGGUGGACAGUCUGGUGCGCUGUGGUCUCCUCGUCAUGGAGGAGAUAACAAGGGACACCCCCGUAUGUGAUAGCUGGAAGAGGCGCGUAGGUCAGUCCUGGCGCACCAUGGAUGAUCUGUACAACAGCGACUCUGACUGUGAGGAGCCUGAAGCCAGGUCUUACAAGCUGAGCCAGCCGUCUCAGUGUCCAGAGAUGCUCUUCUUCCUCUGCAGUAUGCUAGCUGGCCACCUAAGGGCGCUCUGUUGGGCCACUGAAGGGGUCCAAUACCUGACCACACCUAUGCCGGUGGCUCAAUGUGAAGCUGUGAUACACUUGCAUUUGUGCAGCAGGGCUAACCAGGACAAACAAUAUGAGAGCUGCACUGAGGAGGCGGCACGCAUAGCAGUACGAACCUUGACAGACCUCGGGGUGCUGGUGGAGGAGCCGCUGGGUAACGGGACCAACCUCGCCGUCAGUCCCCUCUUCCUGCUGCCAGACAACACACAGAAGCUGCAACGCUUUAUCACCCAGUACAUCUACAGCUGAGGGCCCAGCGCCAACCAUAAGGCUGGGCGUUAGCGGUCCCCCCAUCGUCCCCACGAGCAGAGGCCUGUUUUAUACAGUUGAAGGGUCGUUGUUUAUGAACGAUUUUGAAAGGUUGGCCAUUGAGUUUUGUUCAGCUUCAGUAAUAGUAUUUUUUUGUGCUGGGUGACAUGGAGAUGUUGUAGGAACGUUUGAGGUUUCAUUAACAUUGAUCUAUAAUUUGUAAAAAAAAAAAAAAAAAAAUACGUUUCAAUUUGUGUUGUAUGUGUUUUUGAUGUGAUAUACUUAUUUAGUAAACGCUGCUUAACGUACAACAUUGUUUAUUUUGGCCUUUGAAGAGCUUGUGUUCUAUUUAUCUGUUAAGUUGUAUUUCUCAGAAUUUGUCAGCAUUAAAAUUCUAAUCGCAUAUCAACACAUUUAUUUUUUUCACAUAGUUUGUGUUGCGUGUCUGCUAUACAGUAACUUUGAACAAUAUUUACAGCAGUGUUGUUUAGCAGUCUGAACAGCUCCCUAUCUGCCCCAAGUCUUGGAUUUGCUGAGUUGGUCCUCCGGAGACUUAUUUGCCUUCGACCCUGUGGUUGAGAGGAAGAAAUCAAUGUUGGGGCCGGGGGUCAAGACAGAUUUCUCUAUAAGCAUUAAAUAUGUGGGGAUUCUGGUUGGGUUGUGUUGUUUGUUGCUAGCCUUCCUAUCCGGUC